GCCGACGUCACGGGGAGCAGCACGCACAAACAGGAAGCGUGUGUCGCCUGACCAGGAAACUAAAUUAAAAACAAACACAACGAAAGAAGAGAUCGAGAAACAAACCCGAGAGAAAUCUCCAAACAUCGCCGAGAUUCAGCGGUCAAAACCCCUCGCAGCAGCGCCAUCAUGGACUUCUUGUUUGGAAAGAGGAAGACCCCGGAGGAGAUGCUGAGACAGAACCAGCGGGCGCUGACCAGAGCCAUGCGCGACCUGGACCGAGAGAGACAGAGGCUGGAGCAGCAGGAGAAGAAAAUCAUCGCCGACAUCAAGAAGAUGGCAAAGCAGGGCCAGAUGGACGCGGUUAAGAUCAUGGCUAAGGACCUGGUCCGGACCCGACACUAUGUGAAGAAGUUCAUCAUGAUGAGAGCCAACAUCCAGGCCGUGUCUCUGAAGAUCCAGACCCUGAAAUCAAACAACAGCAUGGCGCAGGCCAUGAAGGGAGUGACCAAAGCCAUGGGCACCAUGAACAGACAGCUCAAGCUCCCUCAGAUUCAGAAGAUCAUGAUGGAGUUUGAGAAGCAGUCUGAGAUCAUGGACAUGAAGGAGGAGAUGAUGAACGAUGCCAUCGACGACGCCAUGGGAGACGAGGAUGACGAGGAGGAGAGCGACGCGGUCGUUUCUCAAGUCCUGGAUGAGCUGGGACUGAACCUCACCGACGAGCUCUCCAACCUCCCGUCCAGGGGCAAACUCUCCGUGACGACUGGGAAGAAAGCAGAGCCGACGCCAACCUUAGCAGAUGCUGACGCCGAUCUGGAGGAGAGACUGAACAACUUGAGAAGAGACUGAGAGAGAGAGGAGAGAGACUGGGGAGGGGGUUAGAGAAUUGGAGGG